AUGGAUGGCUGUGUGUAUAUUGAGGAGGCUCUGCUGGAGGUGCUCAAGGAAACAGAUCUCAUCAAUUUCGAACGAAAAUUAUGCAUCGAUUUGCAGCUCUCACGUUUGCAACACUUCGAUCACGUCACCGACGAUGAACUGAAGGUAAAAAACACGUUGUGCCUUUUUCUUCGCUUUUUACCAAAAUUGUCCUCUUUUGAGAGUUUUAAUGCGCCAGUGCUCGCUACAAGACUUGACCAUUGCUUUCAGUCAUUUACGGGUCUUUCGCAGCCAGCAAUUCGCCGAUUGCGAGUUGCAAUCGCCGAGAAGAAGAAGAAAAUGAAGAAGUCCAGGGGCAUUUUUUCAACGAUUGCGAGGAAGGAGAAUCGUGAACUUACCACGGUGCUAGUACCAGCAAGCACCAUCGCGCCCACCAUUCAACAAGCUGGCACUUGUCUCAUACCAAAAGACGAGGUUUUUUUU